GAAAUGAAGAUUAAUACCAUGGAUCUUAGCGAUGACACCUGCGCAAUACGCAUGCGUGAAAUGUGCUUAGUACACAGCCACCAUCUUUGUCAUGAAGUCGAUAGUCAAUGAAAUAGUUUUGUUUUGUGUGCAGCACUUAUUGCCUUAGCGUGUCUUUGUCUCACGAAUGUUAUACUUUUCAUGAAAGAGUAAUUACACGACGAUGAGCUCAGACAAGCGAGAUGAGAAAUGGGAUGAUAGAGACUUGAGUAGACCAAAUAGCACAAAUCGCAAUGACAGCAAAUCCAUUCGAUGUCGGAUAUUUGUGGGGAAUCUUAACACAGAAGAUCUUUCUCGUGAGGAGUUUGAGAAUAUAUUUGCAAAACAUGGUCGUGUUAUAGGAUGCUCAGUGCAUAAUGGUUUUGGCUUUGUUCAAUAUGAAAAAGAAAGUAGUGCAGACGAAGCAGUGACGAAAGAACAUGGAACUACAAUUAAAGGGAAAAAAGUUGAUGUGAAUUUAGCUGGGGACAGACGAAAAGCAGAGAAGCGAAGGCCAUCCUCACAUAUGUCUAGAGACAGAGGUCCACGGGAUCAUUCAUUGUCACCAAGAAGAAGGUCUAGUAAUGAUCCGUUAUCAAUACCUGGCUAUAGAGAAGCAAGGGAUCGAUAUCGCGAUGAAAACCCAGAUUCUUCUGGACAUCGCCAUUAUGAUGAAAUUCCUCCUAAGAAGUCUAGACCAGAAUAUGAAUUUUCUCCAAUGUCUCACAAACCCUACCCUCCUCCUGCUGUUGGUAAACCUGUAGAAGCCCCAAUCGACUGUGAGAUAAUUAUAAUCCACAAACAACAAAUGGCUUAUGCCGAGUCAGUUGAAAAGAAAUUAAAAUCUCAUGGUUUAGUUGUGGAGUGCACUUACCGGACAAUUCCUUUGCUUGAUGAGUUGGAAGAUGCAGCAAAGCGUGGUGUAUUGUUUGGGAUUAUUAUUAGUAGCCAACAUGAAGUACAUCGUUCAGUAACAGUGCACAUCUUGCAUGGAAAACAACAAGAACACAGAAAUAUGCCUUUAGAGGAUGCAAUUCUUCUUGUGAGCCGUAAUUUUGAUACAUAUAUGCAGGCACUUCGAGAUCGAGAACUUCGGCCACCUGUGGUUGACCCUUUAACACCAAAGAAGGGUUUCUCAGGUGGAGUCAGCUCAGUUGUACCAUCACCAUAUACUCGAGCUGUUAGCACAUUGCUGAACAUUGCUGCAGAUGGUCGACCUCUAACUAUAGAUGAGUACACUUUAGUUAUUGAUGAGUUUACAAAAAUUCGUAAUGAUUUGCUUAAAAAAGAAGGACGAACACCUCCAUCUUCUACUGGAGCUACUUUCAGUUCUGAUCCUCAGUCAAUUGCUUUACAACAAGCUGAACUUCAAGCAAAGAUUUUGAGCAUUCUCAAUCCAGGUAGCAAGCUGAAAGUAGAGAGCAAAGAAGUAACUAACGAAACUACUGCCAGCUCAAGCCCUCGCUUCCAGUACUUACUCCUUCAAACAGUGCAUCGAAUGCUUUUCAGGCACCUACUACGGGCCUGAACAAAUAUCCAUCAAGUAAUGUCAUUGGAAAAGUGCUGUCAAAUUUGCGCAGUACAUCUUCGGAUCAAAGUUCGACAGCUUUUAAUAGCGUGCCUGGUGUGCUAGCCACUAAAUCAUCUCCUGCAAACCAACCUUAUUCUGCAGUUAAUGCAACCACUUCUGAUGGACUUCCACCGUAUGGAGGUUAUGGUCAUACAGCUCCUCAAGCUUGGUCUCGCUAUCAGAAUCCAUCUCAAAGUAUACCAAUGACACAACAAGCUAGUACUCAAUCAUAUCCUCAUUAUCUUCCACCCAGUCGUGGUGGUUAUCAUCCCAGUUAUCCCUCUGGGUAUUUACCCCCUUCAAGAUAUUGAUGUGAAUACCCCCUUCUUGUUUGUGAAUUAUCUUUUAUCUAUUUAAAAAAUUGUAAACUGAUGUUUUAUAUGUAAAAGUUUAAAUGAAGAGAAUGUAUAUUUAGUAACCAGUGGAAAUACAUCUACUCUUACAAAUUUCUCAUUAAAUGAAGUAGUAGUGUUAUUAUAUAA